UGGACGGGUUCGGGUCAAUGGAUUGGGUCGUGAUUUGCCAGGUUUAUGUUUUAAUAUUAUUCUUUUGGUAAUCAAGUAAGUAGGGGAAUCGAGUAGAUCUCAAUCAAAUUCUUUGUUUUGAAUUAUUUGUAUAGUUCCUUUCCAUAAUUUAUAUUUCUAAAUUUUGGUUUUUCAAAACAUUUAGGGCUAGUUUGGCCAAUAGAGUUAUUCUGCUAACUGCAUAAGUUGAUAGUAUAUACUAAUUAAUAUCUAAAAUGUGUGAAUUAGUAUCCAAAUCUACUGAUUUUACUAAAGUAUCUAGAUAACACAGACUAGUAUUCAAAACAUCACAAAACUAGUAUCCAUAUAUUAAUUAUGUGCUGUAUGGAGACUAUUCUGUGUUGUCCAGAUAUUAGUUUGUGGAUUUGGGAUAGUUCAUAGUAGUUGUUUCUUGGUGGAUAUCAGUUACCAAAUCUUGAAUACUAGUCUGUGCUCUCUAGAUACUUUAGUACUUAGAUACUAGUUCAAGUAUUUUGGAUAUCAGUUAAUAUAUGCUAACGAAUCUUUAAAUUAGCAUAUUAACAUUUUCGUAGUUUAGCCCUGUUAUAGUUUUUGCAGAAACAACUUCUGGUUAGAGCUUUCACAAAAAUACUUUUCAAAAAAAGCAAUUGACUGGUUUGUUGAAAAAUGAUUAAAAGUGUUUUUAAUAUAAGAGGUUGUGUAAAAUGACUAAAAAUAUUUUUAAUAUAAAAUUUGAAUAAAAAUGUAUAGUUAGAUUUAUAUUAUAUUAGUCAAAAUGUAAUAUUUUUAAAUUGGACCUUCUGCUUUUAUGUUAUAGCAAUGCACUUUUAACCUUUACAACAGUCGAAGUGUUUGAUCUUGCUUGAUCUUUAAAAAAAAAUACUUCUAUAAGUCGGACCAAAAAUAGGAUUAGUGUUAGCCGAGUGCUUAUUAGAGAAAAGUCAUAAAAGAAUUUUAUUUUUUAGUCCUCUUUCCCACGUCUCCUAUUCCCCACUUACAUUGUGUUCCUAUACUCUAGGAACGUGGGUCAUAUUGUUAGCUACAAACUCUCCUUGUACAUGUAUAUUAGUUGACAGAGAUAUCAAUACAGAUCACGUCAGUUUCUACAACAAACUCUCUCUACAAUAUUCCUAACAUGGUAUCAGAGCUAGCAACGAUCAGCUAGAAUUCGAUCCAUACCUCAUCACUUUCGUUCCCAAGUUUUUUUUCUUUCUUGCCUCUUCGUGUUAAACACUCCCAGUUUCUUUCUCUGUCAACUACUCAUCAUGGCAGGCGACGCAACAGCCUCUGAUUCUAGCACUGGAUCCAAACCUUCUGAUCCUCAAAUUAUCACCUUCAAUCCUGCUGCCCAGCUUCCCCUGAAGCUUACCCCAACAAACUUUGCUUCCUGGCGAUCACAACUGGAGACUCUUCUCAUGGGACUGGAUUUAAUCAGCUACAUCGAUGGAUCGGCAGCAGCUCCUUCCAAAACAAUGAUUGUGGAUGAUGCCACAGUCCCGAAUCCUUCUUAUCACAACUGGUUCAGGCAAGAUAAACUUAUCCUCCAUGCCCUGCGGUGCUCAAUUGAUGAAUCCAUAUAUUCAUUUGUUUCUGCUGCUUCAACCUCUCGAGAGGCUUGGUUAAUUCUCGAGAAGCUAUAUGCGAGUAAUGCUCAAUCGCGUAUCAUUCAUCUUAAGGGGAAGCUUGCCAAAUCAGUCAAAGGAAAUCAGGAUAUUCUUACUUUUGUUAAUGAUCUUAAGGAAACAGCAGCUGAACUCGCACUCAUAGGCGAGCCUGUGAAGGAUAUUGAUCUUGUGGUGCAUUGCCUUCGAGGGCUGGGGGAGGCCUAUCAGUCCUUCUCGGCGGCCGUUGGCGCUCGUGGCCCCGGACUCACCCUCGAAGAUCUUGUUGACUCCCUCGUGGAGUAUGAGGCUGAUCUGAAAGCCCAGCAGUCCACCGCCGUACCCACUGCGUUCUACACAGGGCAGACUUGUCGUGGCAGCUUCAGCAGCAGCGGCAGCCCUUCUUCUCCCCGUGGCGGCGGCUUUCCUUCCCGUCAACAACAACAGGGCAUAGGGUCUGUGUAUGGGCAAGGCACAGGGUUUGGGCCUGACUCUUCUCAGCCCAUCAGUCCAGGCCGCCGUGUUUAUUCCCCUGAGCCCGCAAGAGCACGCCGAGCCCAGUUCGUGUGUCAGUACUGUGAGCGGCCCGGCCAUGUAGUCCGCCAGUGCUUCCGCCUCUUUCCUCAGGCCCGUCAGAAUUACAAUCAGCUGCAGUCUGCCCCUUCGGCCCAUGUUCCCACACGGUCUGCCCAGGACCAUGCCACAACUGCCUCUUCUCCUGGGCCGUGGCUGAUGGAUUCAGCGGCCUCCCACCAUGUUACAGUUGACUUGGGCCAACUCUCAUUAUAUUCUGAUUACGCAGGCCCUGAUGAAAUUACUGUGGGUGAUGGAUCAGGAUCUUCGCACGGGGGCGCAGCUGCUGAGGGGGGAAAACAACGGUGAUGUCUAUGAAUUACCUAGUGAAGUGAAGGACGUUCGCCUGGCUCUUGUCACCACUCGUACUUCUGCGCCUUCUUGGCACGCCCGCCUUGGCCAUCCUUCCCACUCCUCCCUUGCGAGCCUUAUUCGGUCUUUUUCCCUUCCUGUUUCGACUUCCCUUGCAUGUUCUCAUUGUGAUGCUUGCCUUUCCAAUAAAAGUCAUAAACUGCCCUUCUCUGUUUCCUCGUUAUCUAGCAGCCGUCCAUUUGAUCUUUUGUACACUGACGUUUGGGGCCCUGCUCCUGUUUCCUCUAUCGAUGGUUAUCGCUAUUAUCUGGUUAUUAUUGACCAUUUUACUCGUUAUACCUGGUUUUAUCCAUUGCGCAACAAAUAUGAUGUUCUUCAAAUCUUUCUUGACUUUCGCAAAAUGGUGGAAAAUUACUUUUCCACUACCAUUCGUCGGCUCUAUACGGAUGGUGGUGGUGAAUUUCAGAAAUUGCAUAUGGAUUUAUGUCAAAAUGGCAUAACUCAUCUUCUCACUCCUCCCCAUACCCCUGAACAUAAUGGUCUGGCUGAACGGAAACAUCGUCAUCUUGUCGAAACGGGCAUCACACUUCUGCAUCAUGCCAAACUUCCUACGGUUUUUUGGUCUUUCGCCUUCUCCACAGCCGUUUAUCUCAUCAAUUGCUUGCCUUCCUCCGCUCUACGUGGUAAAAUUCCCUACACUCUUCUCUUCAAUCUGUCCCCUAAUUAUCACAAACUCCGUAUCUUUGGGUGUCUCUGUUAUCCUUGGCUUCACCCUUAUUCAUCACAUAAACUUGAUCCUCGCUC